AGCGGGGGGAGUGCGUGGGCCGAGGCGCUGGCGGAGGGCGGCAGGCAAGAAGUAUAAAAGGGACAGCCUCUUCCUCUUUUUCUGCCCGCUUUUUCGCUCUGCUGCUCGCGACACUUUCUUGCUCGAACCCCGAAACGGACUGAGAGACUCAGCGACGGAAGAAGAAGAAGAAAAAGCCCCCACCACCUCACGCCCACCAACCAGAAGCCUCAUCUCCUUCUUGGCACUGCCUGCUUAUCUCAGCGACUCGCCUCGCUCUCUCUCUCUCUCUCUCUCUCCGCCGCUACUCUCUUUUUCCGCGUCCUGCGCUGCGGCUCCGACCUGCCCACCGCUCCUUUUACUACACUCUCUUACUAAUAUACUAGAUCUUCCCGUACAACUCUUGCGUAUCCAAAAGUUCGGGUGGUAGUUCUUCAUAUCAUCAUCGUCUUCUGGGGGAGGCAUUCAUUUGUUCAUCUCCCAUCACCCUUCAGUCUUUCAUUUUACGGUAGGCCCAUUUUACCACACACUCAAAAGCCCUCUCAAGAGCCCUCUCAUUCCUCCCUCACUCACCAGCAACAAACACCUCGCUGUCCGGCUCUGUUGGCGCCUUGUUGUUCCUGUUGUUGCUGUUGCUGUUGAUGUUGCUGCCUUCACAGAGGGGUCUGAUGCUGACUAAUAUUUGCAGUUGCCUAGGUUGAAUAGAUCAACUUGGUCACCUGACUGUCAUUGUUGCUUACCAAAACAAAAACAUCAAAACAACUUCAAGCCAUACCCAAAGCAGACAGUGUCGAGGCAUCUCGAUAUAACUUUGUAACGUCAACGGAGAUCGCAAUCAUGGAUUCCUUGACGACCCACCCUGCAACUGCGCAGCAGGCCAAGGCGUUCACCUCGCCCGCCUCGCUCUCGUUCCCAGGUGGUGCUGGCGAACUGACUCCUCCGUCUUCCUCUGAGAAAGAGGCCAACGGUGCCCAACAGCCUCAUCAGCCUCAGCAUGUUAACGGCAGCGGUCCUGGCGGUGGCACGCCUGCGACCCCCGUUGCGACCCCCGGAGCUGGGCCCGGCGUGAGUGGCAUUGUACCAACGUUGCAAAACAUCGUUGCUACCGUCAACCUUGAUUGCCGACUGGAUCUCAAGACCAUCGCCCUCCACGCCAGAAACGCGGAGUACAAUCCAAAGCGUUUUGCCGCCGUGAUCAUGCGCAUUCGAGAACCCAAGACUACCGCCCUGAUCUUCGCAUCCGGCAAGAUGGUCGUUACCGGCGCAAAGUCGGAGGACGACUCGAAGCUCGCAUCUCGGAAAUACGCUCGUAUUAUCCAGAAACUCGGGUUCAAUGCCAAGUUCACGGACUUUAAGAUCCAGAACAUCGUCGGGUCAUGCGACAUCAAGUUCCCGAUCCGUCUGGAAGGCUUGGCCAGCCGACAUCACAACUUCAGCUCUUAUGAACCAGAGCUGUUCCCGGGCUUGAUCUAUCGUAUGAUGAAGCCGAAGAUCGUACUGCUCAUCUUCGUCAGCGGUAAGAUCGUGCUCACUGGCGCCAAGGUUAGGGAAGAGAUAUAUCAAGCUUUCGAGAUGAUAUAUCCCGUCUUGACUGGUAUGUUUUACUACCAUUCAUUGCCUCUUGUAUCUUCGUACCUAACAUAUUCCAAUAGAUUUCAGAAAAGUCUGAGUCACGUUGAUGACGCCCCAAUCAAGUGGCUGCCCUUGUAUUAACAGUUUCAUACCUUGUUCAUCUCCAAAAAAAAAAAAAAAGCAAAGGUCAUGGUUACGGUGCAUGCAGUGGAAACAGAAUGAUGAUGCCAUCUAUCCCAUCCAUCCACCUCGAAAGGCACAACUUGUGACUCCUUGUCAUUUUUUUCCCUUUCCCUUUUUCCCUCUCUUACUACUCAUUGCAUUUACACGGCGUUUUAGCGACCUGACGCUCGGUUUGUUUAUUUGCGGAUAUCCCCCUCACAAAAGAGAACGCAACUCAAAUCACCUUUUUAAUGCCUCCUAAUGGGCAACGACUAACAGCAAAAAUGACUUAAACCGGACAUCAACACACCUUUUUACCUCUCUGACUUUUAUUCUAGAGAUGAAGGUCCCUUUUAUUUUCUCCUUUACACAAUUUUUCUCAACUUUUUUUUUUCUCCUAACGGUUUCUACCAGAUGGGUGCAUUAAGGUGCCGGUGCCGGUCAAUGUCUCUUUUUUUAUUUUCCCUCUCCCUUUCUCUCACGCAAACACCAAUUAUCCCCUUCGUGGGGUCGUUUUAUCUAUGUUGACCAACUACGCUCUCGUCUCCCCCCUAUAUUUAUCAAUCCGAGGGGUUUCGCAACACAACACCAUAACUUAAGUGAUUGCAUGCGGAACAGUUAAACCUUUUACUCCAUCAACUGCAUUUCACCAGUACGAAAGCAGAAAAACAAAAAAAUACUACAAGGACAGGAAGAAAAUAAACUGAUCAAAGUGGCUGUUCCAAAGAAUAACCACCCCGGUCCUCGUAUUCAGAAUUCUACAAGCGUUCAACCUGCCUUUUUUACCUUUACCUGCUUGCCUGCUGUGCAUUCGUGUGUCUUUUAAAACUUGCUUUGCGGCCCUUUUCCUCUUGAGCACAAAAGUUUACGGGUGGUAGGGGCAAGGGGAGACGGGGAGACGGAGACGGAUCAGGACCAGGGGUGUAAAGGUGUCAACCCUGGGGGAAGCGAGCAAAUGGGAGCAGGAAACGAAACAAAAGGAAUCGAGCGCUAGGAGGAGUAAGUUCCUUUUCUUUUUCUCU